AUGAUGUUUGUGAAUCCUUGGGAAGUCGAGGCGGAGCAUAAUGUACGGCAAUACAUGCAUAAUGCACAACCGCCAUUGCAUGUGGAGCUUGGAUGGGACCGUUUAAGCCCAAUCUGCUUGGAAAUCUGCAAUGGAAUUGUUGACUCGAUUUUUAAAGACCCUGAUCUGGUGACAUUAUGGAAAACUACAGGCGGGGAAGGUUGGCUAGUUACGGCCAUUACACAAUACCAACUGGACGGCCUUCACUCGUAUUGUACACUUCACCAGCAUAACAAGCGUGGUUUCGCAGGACAAGAGGAGCCAAGAAUCCCGUUUCUCCUUGAGAUUUACUCGCGAAGCCAGCGAAAUGCAAUGUUUGAGGAAGCCGGUCUACCCCAUCGGUUUAUUGGAGUUGUAACUGUGGAAUUGAUUGAAGCAAAGGAUUUGAUUUCAUGCAGCUGGAUGGGUAACUGGAGCGAUGCGUACGUGUUCUUAAAGCUAAGUCACUCGAAGGAUACACUUCAUGAGACGGCAGAAGAGUGGAGUCUCCAAACCUAUCGAAGCCCUGUUGGCACAGGCGGCGUCAAUCCUCGAUGGAGCACAGCAAAUAAUAAAUACGUGUUUCGCUUUGCUAUCCCCACCCACGGCAGUCAUAUAGCUCGUCCCAAAAAUGGCGUUUACUUUGCCAAUAGUGGCGUUGCGGUAAACACAACGGAUUUGAAGGACAGUCGCGUUGCGUUACAAGUAUGGAAUGCUGAUGUUAACGACCGAAAUUGCUCUGCAGUAAAUGCCUUGGAGGAACUUCUCCCGUCGGUAUUUUCAGGUCCGCCGACAAUACUGAGGUGCACUGUGUAUCAAAAGAACAGGAUUUUGAGCCAUAAAUUUAUGGGAAGAGCACAGGUUUCCCUGAACGAACUAACCUCCAGCAAUCAGAUGGACUGCUGGUUACCGCUUGAAAAUAUAGCGAGUGGCUCUUUGCACUUGAAACCUGAGAAAGUGCCUGUGAAGGAUGUGGAACAAACGAACGAAAGAUCAUCAACAGCGGUCGUGAGAUCUGAGCUGACGAGUACGUAG